UCAGAAUUGUUGAUGUGGUAGGCGUCUGUAGAGAAGAUCAGCAGGAUGAAGUUUGACUGGGCUCCUCAGGCUUACCGAGCACUGAAUGGGGUUUUCUGUGUUCAGAAGCCGACAGGUGUUCACAUUGCACAGGUCCUGGAAGUCUUAAAGUUCAAACUGACUCAGGAUUUGAAUAAACUUCCAUGCUAUAAGUAUGAGAGAAAAAUGGCAAGAGUGUCAAGCAACGCGAUCCGUGAUAGUGAUACCAUCCUCCCCGUGCCGACAGACGUGCCUGCUGAAAUGCAUGACCUGUCAGAUCAUCGGCUAGUCUUAGGUUCGCGUUACAUCCCCUCGGACAUUCGGCUAUUCGCUGUUCCCAGCCGUCUUUCUAAGCACUCGUCUGGAGUCCAGAUUUUAGGCCUCGGCAAAGGAAUUCGGGAUGCCAAUAUGAUUAGAGACUGUCGAUAUAUUCGUGUGUACCACGUGACAGGCCAGUUUGGAAUGGCCACAGGGAAUUUCACAACGCAUGGAAAAAUCAUUGAAAGAACAUCGUACCACCAUAUCAAGAAGGCCAUGGUAGAUAAGAUUUGUGCAUCUACUCAAGCCAACCACUCGAGGCUCGCGUUUGAUUUCGCAAGGGUAGAUCGUCAAAGCCAGGAUGCUUACGAGAUGGUCAAGGGGAUAAUACGUCCCACCACAGGUCUAACUCCACCGCUGGUUUAUGGUGUGAAAUGCAUCGACUUCAACCUUCCUCAUUUCACCCUGGAAAUUCAUUCUAUUAACGAAAAUGCAGCAUACUUCAAGAAUCUCAUCCAUGAAAUCGGACUGAGCGUUCGAUCCACGGCAGUGUGUUCAAAAAUCUUAAGACUUCGUUACGGGCAUUUUACACUGACACACGCAUUGUUACGGAAACACUGGACUCUGGAGCAUAUACUAGAAAACAUUCAGUUUUGUCGUAGUAACCUAGAAUUUGACAAAUUGUUACCAGGCCAGUUUGUCACCGAUGACAGGAAAUACUUGCCUGAGGAAAAGCAGUCCCCAGAUAUGCGCCUGGAGAAUGGUGAAAUAGCAUCAAGCUCUUGAUAUUCAAAGUUUUGAUGGUCACAUAUGUUAAAAUAAAGUAAACUUUUGUGUAAUUAAUCCAGUGUGGAUAUACUGAUACGUAUUGAUAUUGUAUGAAUUGCCUUUCCUAGCCUGGAAAGGAGUCCUUAGAGUGCAUGUACGUGUAAUGUGCCUCUUUGUUGCAGGACGGAUUUCCACCGCUCUUUUAUCUUGUGCUGCUUCACUGCGACGACUUACCGAAGGCAAGAAAGCGCCCCACCCGAGCCAUUAUACUGAUAAGGGUCGAGUCAUUGCACUAUCCCCUUAACGCUCAAUGCCAAGCAAGGAAGCCAAACUUUCUCUUUUAAGGGCUUAGGUGUGUCCCGAUCCAGGGUCAGGGUGUGUCCCGAUCUGAUCUACCGACCCGAAGCAGAUGCCCUAUAAACUUUUGAUGCCAACACUUAAGUUUUUUAUUGUAAGAAAUUAUUCAAACUUCACAAGGAAUUCUUUUAAGUGGUCUUAUAAGAUUUAUGAAUCAGUCAGAAUCAAGCGAAAUGAGUCACUUGAAAAAUGCAAAUUUUCAGGCGAAAUACAGUAAUUGCCUUGUAGAUGUAUUUUGUAUAAUGUGCACUUAAUGACAGCCUAUCUGACGAGACGUGCUGUACUUGUCUACGUGAAGUGAAUGCUGGGACAUUGAUCCAAGCGCAUCAAGAUGAUCACAGCUGAUACUUCUGUAUGGAAAAACGAUAGUAACUAGUACAAGCCGUGCACUUACAACGUAUACCUCAGUCGCAAAAUAUCGAUAUUAAAGGGAGUGAGCAGGUCUUGACUUACAUGUACCUGACUAGCCUUAAAUGUUCGCAUGUAUGAAUGUAAAAAUUAUUUGACUGUUGCCUAAGCAAGAAAUUUUCGCUCAUAAGAAGGAAGUCAAGUUUUGUGAUUGAAGCACAUAUGUUUGUAUGCUUUGGCUUUUAUGUGGUACUUGCAACUGUGUACUGGUUCUUCUAGCAGUGCGAGUCCAUGCAGCCACUGAAGUAUCAUGCCACAGACACCAGACAUGACACCCCACCCAGUCACAUUAUACUGACACUGACCCAACCAGUCCUCACUCUUAUCAUCUCAGAGCUGAACACCAAACUAGCCUGAAACAAGUACCAUGUUUGAAGUCUGGUAUGACCCAAACCGGAAAAGAUCCUGGGUCUCCCAGGACUUUUGUAGCGGUCGCUCAAGGCCAUCAAAACAGUCAGACUAAGAAAUGACCACUUGGAAAUGUCAUAUUGGUGCAGGGUAUGUGGUCUUUUUCCAUAUUGCACAAAAUGCCCUACAAGUUGUUGGCCAGUGAUUGUCACCAAGGCCUCAUAAACAAUGAGUAUGUGCAAAUCUACAAACUCCCUGUCAAAUUGAACCUAUACUUUGUGAGCGUAGUUUUAAAUCCCUGACGGGCUCCUUGUAAAUGCAUUUUUCAUAGACAUGAAAUGUCUUAAAAUAAAA